ACUGUCUGUCAGACCACGAAAGUUAUUUUGAGUCAGAGGAGGACACUAUUCUUAUGCUCAGAUAACUAUCAGGAGCGCCUGGAGUACAUUAAUAUGAAAAAUAUGACGGUGACUUGAUACGAGCGCACCUCAGCUGAAAGCUGACCAAAAUACACCGGAGAUGGAGGAUGCUUGGGACAUAGCAUGGCUACUCAUCCAGCUGUGGAUCUCCGUAGUGGUCGGCCUCAUCAUGUUACCAGCCAUGUGUGGGGCUUCGCUGGGGGUGACCGAAAUAUACAUUAAACUGUUGGUGAAGACGUUGGAGUGGGCCACGCUAAGGAUCCAAAGGGGACAGAGGGAUCAGCCAACAGUGCAAGCCCAACUACCCAAUGGGAUCAUCGAGAAGGAUGACGGGUCCAUGCAGGAGGAGAUUGGGGCGCUGCGGCGUGGCUGGCCCCGCUCAGUGGCGGUGGCGGGCGGGGAGUUCAGGCUGUGCGACGCCUUCUACUUUGGACGCAAGGGCAUCGAGAGUAUCGUGGAGGACGAGGUUACGCAGCGUUUCACAUCUGAGGAGCUGGCCUCAUGGAACCUGCUCACGCGCACCAACAACAACUUCCACUACAUCAGCGUCCGCGUCACCAUCAUCUGGGGCCUGGGACUGUUCAUACGCUACUGUGUCCUCGCACCACUCAGGAUAACCCUGGCUCUCAUUGGCCUCAGCUGGCUGGUGAUUGGAACUACCCUGGUGGGCCUGUUGCCACAUAGCAGUGGUAAGAUGUGGCUGAGUGACCUGGUCCACCUGACCUGCUACAGGAUAUGCGCCAGAGGGCUCUCCGCCACUAUCCGCUACCACAACAAAGAAAACAGGCCCAAGAAGGGAGGCAUCUGUGUGGCCAACCACACCUCGCCGAUCGACGUUGUUAUCUUAGCCAAUGAUGGAUGCUACGCCAUGGUGGGGCAAGUUCACAGUGGUCUGCUGGGGGUCAUUCAGAGGUCAAUGCUCAGGUCCUGCCCUCACAUUUGGUUUGAGAGGUCAGAGAUGAAGGAUCGCGUCGCUGUUGCCAACAGGCUCAAAGCGCACGUCGCUGACAAAACCAAACUGCCCAUACUGAUCUUCCCUGAAGGAACUUGCAUCAACAACACAUCCGUUAUGAUGUUUAAGAAGGGAAGUUUUGAGAUUGGAGGGACCAUACACCCUGUGGCAAUAAAGUAUGAUCCACAGUUCGGGGACGCCUUCUGGAACAGUGGCAAGUACAACAUGGUGAGCUACCUCCUCCGGAUGAUGACCAGCUGGGCCAUCGUGGUCAACGUCUGGUACCUUCCCCCCAUGACCAGACAGGAAGGAGAGGAUGCGGUUCAUUUUGCCAACAGAGUCAAGUCUGCUAUUGCCCGUCAGGGUGGCCUGGUCGAUCUCUCAUGGGAUGGAGGCCUGAAAAGGGAGAAGGUGAAAGAGACUCUGAAGGAGGAGCAGCAGAAGAUGUAUAGCAGCAUGGUAGUGGGCUAGGAGGAGAGGAGGUAUGUCUUACUCAAGCGAACCCAAGCUGUGACCAAGCCUUGCCCAGGCCUGGAACCAGACAGCUCUCACUGUUACCAGAAACCUCUCAGAGACUCUUAAACGUUCUGGCAACAAGUGUCUGUCUACCUGUCUGUCCAGGUCUUUGCCUUUGCCACUACCUGUGAGUCUUUGGACCCCAUGGAUGUUCAAAAAGUCAGGCUCAUCUCAGUUCUCUUGCGAACGACAAUCCUGCUAAUGCGAUCUCUAUUGACGGAUCAGGAUUCCUGGAUUCUCGUCGUUUUAUAUUUUAAUAGACUGCCAUAUAUGUGAAUAUUCAGUAAGACACACAUCGUGCCGCGUAUUAAGGAAAAAUGUCAACUGGAAACUUCAAAACUCUUCUGUUAAGUUUUAAAUCAUGUCUAUUUUAUACAGUAUUAUGAUGUUUUCUGUAAUCAAAGAAUCAGGUGCUUCCAAUGCAGUAUGCUGUCAGCUAUGUUCAAAGUCAGUGCUCUUCGCUGGAUAUGACACAACCAGCACUGUGUUUUUAUAAAAUCCUUUACUGUACAUGAUGUACUGUAAACCACUGUUACAUAUAAUUCAACUGCCAUAGGAAAUGUGUGUGAUCAUUUCUAAAUUAAGCUAUUUUUCUGUUGCCUUGUAACUGUAACUCUAAAUCAUGUUUUAAGAGCUCUUGUCCUUGGGCAGUGCCGAAUUAAUGCACAGGCUAGAUAUGGCUGCAGCCGAGGGCCCCCCACCUG